GAUUUCCAGCAAAGCAUACUUCCACAUGCAAGCACUGACACGUUACUCUCAGUCACCCAUCAUCUGACACAGCAACCCUAUAGUUAUUAUCCUAGCAUCAAAGCAAACACUGCAGAGGUAUAAAACCUGCCCUGGGUGAGUCCUGCUUGUUUUGGAGGCUGUGAGACCUAUAAAGGAUGAAGACGUCUCUUCUUGUCGUGCUCAUCAUAGCCCUGUGCACGGAGAGUGCUUUCUCCUUGACGUGUUUCACAUGCAAAGAUGCAACUUCCAAUUUACAUUGUCUCAGUACAACCACAUGCUCUGACCAUGAGAAGUACUGUCUCACAACCUAUUCUACCACAGGACUCGGCAAUGACCGUAACCAGCGUAUUACCAAGAAAUGUUCUGCAUUUUGCCCAACAAUUGACCUGAAUAUUGGCAUAGCCGGGGUCGCUACCAGCUGCUGCGAGACUUCCCUGUGCAACAUCAGCGGUGCCAGCAGUGUGAAAACCAGCUACACUAUGAUAGCUCUGGGUGUCUUGGCCAGUCUCGCCUGCAUCCUCCGGCUGGGUUUUUAAAGGGGCUGGGAGGGGGGAAAGGAGCUGCCUGGCCUUGCAUUGCAAGGGAUCAAACCCUCAUCUGUACAGUGUGAAUCCUGCCCUGUUUCUCCUACCUGGAAGGUCACAUCCCAUCAGCAAAUAUUUUUGCUCUUUCUGUGCUCUGAUGGCAAUGCGCAAGAGCACAGCCCUACCUCAGAAUGGUGUUUGGAAGAGAAAGGCGUGAUGCGGAGCCCUGCACAUGCAGAAGGGCACCAUAUAGUCACCAUCUCUCCUACUAUUGGCCUUUAUAACCCCAUGCAUUUUUCCCCCUUCAUUUUGUCCCUGCCAUUCUCUUGUGCCAUUUUUCCCUUCAUACCAUUUUCUGCCCUGUAUCAUUUUGCUCUGAGGAAGCCUUUAAUAUUAUAGUUGUUAAACAGAAGCUGGGCACAAUAAAGUGUUAUUUUAUUCUA